AUUUUAUAUGGAUUUCAAAGUUCGAGAUUACGGUUAAGAAUUGGUUUAGUGAAAGGUUAGGUCAGUACAGAGUAUUUCAGUAUUGUUAGGGUUGUGCAAACUGUUGCUCAUAUGGUGCUAAAGUCUUCAUCUUCCAUAAAAAUCCCAAACUUAUUUCUGAGGAAAAGGAGAAAAUUUACACAUUCACCUUACAAAACCAGAUGGCAUUACAUCUUCAAUCAACAACAAGCGCUUCAAACCCUAAAAAAAUCAUGUCUUUCUUCAACCCCAGAUUCAAUUACCCAACAGAACACCCAAAACCCUUCAAAAACCCCUUCUUAUCAUCUCAAUUGCCUCAUCAAUACUUUCGAUUCUUACCAAUGUGACCCCACACCCAGUUCUUAUGAUAUGGUUAUCAAAACCCUAGUUCAAAAAUCCCAAUUCAAUGAGCUAAACUAUGUUCUAUUACAUCUCCAAAAUGUUGAGAAGUCCGAAACCCCAGAAAGGGUUUUUGUUGAUUUGAUUAGGGUUUAUGGGGAUAAGGGUAUGAUAAAGGAGGCAAUUGAUUUGUUCUUCAGGAUACCUGAAUUCAGGUGUGUUCCAACUGUGCUUUCAUUCAAUUCUCUGCUUUUUAUUCUUUGUAGAAAUAGAGAAUAUUUGCGAAUUGUUCCUCAAUUGUUGUUAAAGAGUAGGAUUAUGAAUAUCCGAUUGGAGGGGUCGAGUUUUACGAUAUUGAUUAAUGCCCUUUGUCGAAUUGGGAGGAUUGAUUUUGCUAUAAAGUUGCUGAAUUACAUGAUUUAUUAUGAGUUUGACCCUGAUGGGAAAUUGUAUUCUUUGGUGUUGGGAUCAUUAUGUAGACAAACUAGUGCAAAUGUGACUAGUUUGGAGGUAAUGGGUGUUUGGGAAGACAUGAAAAGUGUCGGGUUUUGCCCCGGUAAAGAGGAUUAUUGCAAUGUGAUUAGGUUCUUGGGGAGGCAAGGAAAGGGUAAAGAGGCAUUUCAUGUAUUAUGUGAAAUGAAAAGGGAGGGAAUUAAGCCUGAUAUUAUGUCCUAUACAAUGGCUCUUAAUGGUCUUGUUGAACAAGGCAAGUUUUCGAAAGUAGAAGAGUUGUUUGACGAAAUUCUCAUAUUUGGUCUGGCUCCGAAUGUGCUUACUUAUAACGUUUACCUAAAAGGCUUAGGUAAGCAAAACAAAGCCGGGGAUGCGUAUAUAAUGGUUGGUUGCAUGGAGGAACUAGGUUGCCCACCUGAUUUGAUUUCUUAUAAUACCGUUUUGGAAGCUUUUUGUAAGGUUGGAGAGUUGAGUAGAGCAAGGGAAGUUUGGAGUGUGAUGAAAAAGAAAGGUAUUGAAUUGAAUGAUGAAUCAUAUAGGUUGAUGAUUGAUGCAUUGGUUACCGAGGGUGAAGAUACUGAAGCUUGCAAUAUGUUGACGGAAAUGGUGUCCAAGAAUUAUCGACCUAUGUCCUCUACAUUUGAUAAGAUUAUAUGUAGUUUGUGCCAUAAGGGGCUUGUAUCAAAGGCGUUACAUACUCUUGAAUUAGUUUCUGGCCAUGGUGUUUUACCAGGCUCCGUUUCUUGGGAAGCACUUGUUCUUGGCUUGAAUCUUAACCUUGAUCAUGAUGGAUUGAUGGGGAUGUGUUUGCCAAGUUUUGUAAACUUGCAUGAAAAUUGAAGACAGGUUUGAAUUUCGUGUCAACAAUAUAAGCUGAUGAGUUUGCUACAUCUGUGAAUGCUACAAUGGGGAUUAUCUUGUCAUAUGAAAGGUCAAGCACUCUGAUUGUUUAUUCAAGUUGGAUGAAACUGAAAAAAUUUAGAAUGCUGUAGUGCCUUGAACUGAUUUGUUUGAAGACUCUAACAUCACCUUUAUAUUCUGUAGCCGGGUAUCAUUAGUUGCAGUAUACAUAAACAGAAUGAACAAGUUUCAUUUCUCGUAUCACUUGUUCAGAUUCUAUUGCCAAUGGGGGUAUCCAAGCUCGCUUCUUCUUUGAUAUUUCCACUGCUUGUGUUGUGGUUGAAUCAGGCCUUCAACAGAGGGCCUAGCUUGAUAGCAGGCAAGGCACUACUAGAAUAUCAACUGGAAGUGAAUUCAUGUAAUCUUGUUUAAAACCGGUUUAGCUAAAAUGGCUCUGGUUACUUGUAUAUUUGAUGAGUUUAAUGUAAUGCAAGUUACAACUUUCAUCGUA